GGCGGGGACCCACCUGGAAGCGCCGCGGCGCCGCUGUCGAGCUUCCUGCAGCGGCGGCCACUCGAGCAAGUGCCGUGGCGGGGGCGGAGAGCGGCCACGGCGGCGGCGCCUCCCCGACUGUCCCGCGGCGCUCGGCCCCACGCGAAAGAUACCAAGUUUUGCUAGUAGAACCGUAGAAAUAAUUAAUACCUGAAGUCUCAAUGUAUGGACAUUAAGAGUGAUGACAGAUAAAUACAGACGUUUGGGAUUCAGAUACUAGGCGAAACACUUUUAAAAAGUGUAUUAGGCUUUUAAGAAACACAUGUACAGGAUCCUUUCUGUCUUAUUACUGGUAGAACUCAGCUGAGUUUAGAAGGUUCUAGUAUUCUCCAUGGCUGAAGCUGAGAGUCUGAAACCCUGAUGCUUAAGCUCUAUUCUAGAUCGUAGCGCCAGCUCCUUCAGGAUAUAAGGAAAAGAGAUAAUAUUUCCACAAUGAUAGAUCUUUGGUUUUACAGGUUUCCCAAUGAGUGGAUCAUGAUGACCGUAAUGUAGGGACUUGCCAUAGUAUGGCUGCUUCCCGAUCUACUCGUGUUACAAGAUCAACAGUGGGGUUAAACGGCUUGGAUGAAUCUUUUUGUGGUAGAACUUUAAGGAAUCGUAGCAUUGCUCACCCUGAAGAAAUCUCUUCUCAUUCUCAAGUACGAUCAAGAUCACCAAAGAAGAGACCAGAGCCUGUGCAAAUUCAGAAAGGAAACAACAAUGGAAGAACCACUGAUUUAAAACAGCAAAGUGCUCGGGAGUCAUGGGUAAGCCCUAGGAAAAGAGGACUGUCUUCUUCAGAAAAGGAUAACUUAGAAAGGCAGGCUGUAGAAAAUUGUGAGAGAAAGCAAACAGAACCUGUUUCACCAGUUUUAAAAAGAAUUAAGCGUUGUCUUAGAUCUGAAGCACCAAACAGUUCAGAGGAAGAUUCACCUAUAAAGUCAGACAAGGAGUCAGUAGAACAGAGGAGUACAGUAGUGGACAAUGAUGCAGAUUUUCAAGGGACGAAACGAGCUUGUCGAUGUCUUAUACUGGAUGAUUGUGAGAAAAGGGAAAUUAAAAAGGUGAAUCUCAGUGAGCAAGGGCCGCUUAAUUCUGCAAUAGUUGAAGAAAUCACAGGCUAUUUGACUGUCAAUGGUGUUGAUGACAGUGAUUCAGCUGUUAUAAACUGUGAUGACUGUCAGCCUGAUGGGAACACUAAGCAAAAUAGCACUGGUUCCUAUGUGUUGCAGGAAAAAUCAGUAACUGAAAAUGGGGAUUCGGAAACCCAAACUUCAAUGUUCCUUGAUAGUAGGAAGGAGGACAGUUACGUAGACCAUAACGUGCCUUGCACAAAUUCAGAAGUGCAGGUCAAGUUGGAGGACCACAAAAUAGUAACUGCCUGCCUGCCUGUGGAACAUGUUAAUCAGCUGACUACUGAGCCAGCUACAGGCCCUGUUUCUGAAAUUCAGUCAUCUUUAAGGGAUUCUGAGGAAGAAGUAGAUGUGGUGGGAGAUAGCAAUGCCUCAAAAGAGCAGUGUAACGAAAACACCAAUAACGUCUUGGACACAGCUCUUGAAAGUACACCAGUCUCUGGAGAAUCAGAACCAUCUUCUGUUCUAGACUGUGUUUCAGCUCAAAUGAUGUCUUUAUCAGAACCUCAAGAACAUCGCUAUACCUUGAGAACUUCACCACGAAGGGCGGUACCCAGAGGUAGUCCCACUAAAAACAGUUCUCCUUGCAGAGAAAAUGGACAAUUUGAGGAGAAUAAUCUUAGUCCCACUGAAACAAAUCCAACUGUUAGUGAUAAUGUAAGUGAGUCUCUCACAAAUCCUGAUGAAAUUUCUGAAAAUGAAAAAGAUAAAUGUUGUGACUCUCAAAAUUACGGAAGUGAUGGACUAAGUAAGCCAUCCUCAGAAGCAAGACUCAAUAUUGGACAUUUGCCAUCUGCCAAAGAGAGUGCCAAUCAGCACAUUACAGAAGAGGAAGAUGAUGAUCCUGAUGUUUAUUACUUUGAAUCAGAUCAUGUGGCACUGAAACACAACAAAGAUUAUCAGAGACUGUUACAGACGAUUGCUGUACUCGAGGCUCAGCGUUCUCAAGCAGUCCAAGACCUUGAAAGUUUAGGCAAACACCAGAGAGAAGCUCUAAAAAAUCCCAUUGGAUUUGUGGAAAAACUCCAGAAGAAGGCUGAUAUAGGGCUUCCAUAUCCACAGAGAGUUGUUCAGUUGCCUGAAAUUGUAUGGGACCAAUAUACCAAUAGCCUUGGAAACUUUGAAAGGGAAUUUAAAAAUCGUAAAAGACAUACUAGGAGAGUUAAACUAGUUUUUGAUAAAGUAGGUUUACCCGCUAGACCAAAAAGUCCUUUAGAUCCUAAGAAGGAUGGAGAGUCUCUUUCAUACUCUGUGUUGCCUUUGAGUGAUGGUCCGGAAGGCUCACACAGUCGUCCUCAGAUGAUAAGAGGCCGCCUUUGUGAUGAUACCAAACCAGAAACAUUUAACCAACUGUGGACUGUUGAAGAACAGAAAAAACUUGAACAGCUACUCCUGAAAUACCCUCCUGAAGAAGUAGAAUCUCGACGCUGGCAGAAGAUAGCAGAUGAACUGGGCAAUAGGACGGCAAAACAGGUUGCGAGCCGAGUACAGAAGUAUUUCAUAAAGUUAACUAAAGCUGGCAUUCCAGUCCCAGGCAGAACACCUAACUUAUAUAUAUACUCCAAAAAGUCUUCAUCAAGCAGAAGGCAGCACCCCCUUAAUAAGCAUCUCUUCAAACCUUCCACGUUCAUGACUUCUCAUGAACCACCAGUGUAUAUGGAUGAAGAUGAUGACCGAUCCUGUUUUCACAGCCAUAUGAACACUGCUAUUGAAGAGGCAUCCGAUGAAGAAAGUAUUCCUAUUAUGUAUAGGAAUUUACCUGAAUAUAAAGAACUACUACAGUUUAAAAAGUUAAAGAAGCAGAAACUUCAGCAAAUGCAGGCUGAAAGUGGAUUUGUGCAGCAUGUUGGCUUCAAGUGUGAUAACUGUGGCAUAGAACCUAUCCAGGGUGUUCGGUGGCACUGCCAGGAUUGUCCUCCAGAAAUGUCUUUGGAUUUCUGUGAUUCUUGUUCUGACUGCCUACAUGAAACAGAAAUCCACAAGGAAGAUCACCAAUUAGAACCUAUUUAUAGGUCAGAGACAUUCUUAGACAGAGACUACUGUGUGUCCCAGGGCACCAGUUAUAAUUACCUGGACCCCAACUACUUUCCAGCAAACAGAUGACAUGGAAGAGAACAUCAUUUCCUAGUCCUCUUCGACACAUAGCAAUGGUAUCAUUGUUAAGUAUGUGCACAGUUUGGAAAGAUUCUCUGCUUUCCCUGAAAUGACACUCACAGCAUGAGAGCUUCCUGAGUGUUCUCGUCAAGUACAGCUCUGCACGGUUGUGGCUCUAGAUCACUGCCCAGCAGCUGAACAUUCCUGGUGAGCAAAGGGUUUCCCUGGUGAAUUUCUCACCACCACCUUGAAAGCCUUUAGGUGGUGAUCUCAAAUGGGCGAGAUGGAAACGAGAGCACACAUUAAAGUGAGAGUAAAUUCCAAAGGUUUCAGAGAACUUGAUCACAAGUAUGAUAAGGAGAAGACAAAAAGUAUUUAUAUUAAAGCAGUUUAGUAGCUUUCAGUUUUGUGAAAAUAGUUUUCAGCACAGAAACUGACUUCUUUAGACAAAGUUUUAACCAAUGACGGUGUUUGCUUCUAGGAUAUCCACUUUAAAAGAACUCACUGUCCCAGUGGUGGUCGUUGAUGGCCUUUAGUAAAUUGGAGCUGCUUAACCAUAUUGAUAUCUAAUUUCUUUUAACCACAAUGAACUGUCCUUCUUACCAACAGCGAAGCACUACAGGAAGCAACUGUGGCACUGCUUCCUUAACCAGCUCGUGGUGUGUGAAUGUUACAAAGUCGUCACUCAGAUAUAUUUUUUAAAUGUAAUGUUAAAUAAGAUGAUCAUGUGAUGUGUACAGACUAUGGUGAAAGUGCCAGUGGUAGUGACUGUGUAAAGUCUAAUUCACAACAUUGAUUCCUUUAAAAUACACAGCCUUCUGCCUCUGUAUUUGGAGUUGUCAGUACAACUCAUCAAAGAAACUGCCUAAUAUAAAAUCAUAUAUAUGGUAAUAAUUUCCCUCUUUUGUAGUCUGCACAAGAUCCAUAAAAGAUUGUAUUUUUAUUACUAUUUAAACAAGUGAUUAAAUUUAGUCUGCGCAGUGAGCAAGAGUUCACCUGCAUUCUUUUAUACUGCUGGAUUUUGUUGUGUAUCAUUUAAAACAUUUUGUAUGUUUCUUCUUAUCUGUAUACAGUAUGUUCUUGAAUAAUGUUCAUUUGUCAGGAGAACUGUGAGAAAUAAACUAUGUGGAUACUGUCUGUUUAUAUUAUAGAAUGCUUGUUGUGACUUCCUUUUGCUUAGGUUUUGGAUGUUUUACCAGUGUUAAAACCAGAAAUUAGAAUUUUUAGGGGGUUUACUUCACAUAUAUAAAGGGGCUUCUUUCAGUCCUUUGUAAAGAGUAAAGAAUAUGUGAUGGAAAAAGUGAACUUGCAAAGUCCUGUGGAAGAUGCUCCUGUUUUCAGUCCGCGUGUGCUGAAACAGUAUAUUAGUUUACCAUAAAAAGGGGUCGGGGGGAAAGAAAGAAAUAGAGGCCACGGUUAAAGAAGAAGGCAGUUAUCAAUGCCCAGAUGUGAAAACUAAGCUUAAAAUUGAAAAUUUUUAUUCCAGUUAUUCUUGAUGAAAUUUAAGACCCCACAUAUUUAAAUACAUGGUUUUGAAAAUCACCUUGUUUUCUGACUUUAGGAAAAAAUAAGUAUAAAUAUUUUAAGGUGGAGUAGGUAUUAUACUUCACCUGAUAUUUAAGACUCCUUGUUUUAAAUCUUGGGGACAUUAUUUACUAGUUCUCCUCAACACACAGCAGUAUACUAAAAUCAUACCCUGAAACUUUUAAAUUGAGAAAAGUAAUGUAAUUUCAAAUAAAGGACUGAGAAUUUUAAAGAUCAUUAAUGAUAUUGAUAUAAUGUAAUUGGAGAGGAAAGUAAAUGUACUCUGGAAUUCCUGUGGAGGAGCAGAGUGGCACUUGGGACAUUUUGAUACUAACCGUUACAUCUGCCCAAAUACCUGCCUUGAACCUGUGAUUGGGCAAGACAGCAGCAAUUGAUGGUAACUUCUAUGUUUGUGCAGAUAUAAUAGUAAUUAAUUUUGGAGAGCCAAUCAGAUACAAAGUCUCAUCAAGUAUGAACAAUGCUUUGGAAAAGGAUUGUGACGUGAUUGUUGUAUAAACAAAGUAGACAAACCCACUUUGAGGCUGAGGAUUUUUGUCUUUGGAGUGGUAAGAGGAGUUAUUUUCUGCUUCAGCCAGAUGUGUUUGUUUUGAGCUCUAAACAAAUAGCCUCCAGUGCUGUCAAAAGGCCCCUAAGGACAGUAGAAGUAAUACUUCAUUGUUUUAAGUUUAGGGUUGCAUGAAUGCACAGGGCUGUCAUUUAUAAGUUGGCCUCCCAUCUGCCUAACAAAAGUAUUGGCUGUAAGAAACAUACUUGUUAAAGCAUUGCGUAUUAAAUGGUAUUCACUAUGUUAGUUCAGUUUCCUGAUAUAUUAUGUUCAAGUUAUUUGCUAAUAACUGAAGAUACUUUUAAUGAGACUUAAAACUACUGCUAUAAGGUUUAGGCAGGGGAGGUAUCCUUUGGUGUGAUGCACUAUUUAUGAUAGCAAACACUGACAAGAGAGCUUACUGUGUGCCAAGCAAGCAUGCAGUAAUUAACUUGGUUCUUAACAACCAUAUGAGGCAGGUGCAUUUACUAUCCUGUUUUCUUACAAGGACCUGAAUCUAAGAGAGAUGAAAUCACUUGUCCAAGGAAGAUCAUAAAGUUAGUAAAGUGGUGAUGCUUGGACCUUAACCCAGGCAGAUUACUCUAGCGUCAGUGUUGGCCUCACUGCCCAACUUCCCAAGCAAGAAUAUUCCCUUGGUCAGGCUCUGGUGUUAGGAGUGGAGAUGUGCAGGAGAUGUGCAGGUCUCCUUAUGUCAGCUGGUUCCUAGAGUACAAACCUGAGCCUAUGUCCAGGCUGGAAGCACAAGAUAGAGACCCUGUAAUGCUCAGCCAUUGUGAAUUAGGAGACCGCUUGCAUGGCCUAAUAAUAGCCUUUAUCCAUUUUCCUUCCUUCUCCCUGGUUUACAUUAUUGAACAUAACAAUUUAUUGAGACUUGACGAACAUUUUUAAAAAAUGAAAUAGACAAAAUAGUGGUUGUGUGUGUGUGUACAUGUAGUAAGUAUUGUUUUGUGAAGUUUCUCUUUCAGUUAAAAGUGCUGUGUAUCUCACUGUAGAUAAAAAAUUUUGAAGUCUGUUGAUGCAGGUACAUUGGAUAGAAUGGGGAGUCUCUAGGUAACAAGUGGGUUUUCCCACAAGAUUGUGAAGACAUUGUCCUUUUUUGAAAUAAAAGAUUUGUUUGUUUAUUUGAAAGGCAGAGAGAUAGCCUUAACAGCCAGAGUUGGGCCAGGUCAAAGCCAGGAACCUGGAACUUCAGCCAGGUCUCCUACAUGGAUGGCUGGUGCCCAGAUACUGGGGCCAUCUUCUGUUGCUUUCCCAGGCGCAUUAGCAGGGAGCUGGAUUGGAAUUGGAGCGGUCAGGACUCGGACUGUGGCUCAUAUGGGCUGCCCGUGCCGCUGUGACACCUUAACCCGCUACACCGCACCUGGCAGUGUCCUUUUUGGACCGUAAAGCAUUACUUUUAUUUCUUAACCUUGAUGAAGAAUGUGCUGCUGUUUUCAUGGUCCCAAACAAAAACCUACCUUUUUCCCCCCAUAGUUCAUGUAGCUGUUUAAAUGGAUUUUGGAGAAUUGUGGCACGAGAGCUCCAUAAGAACAGAGACCAUCCAUGUCUGUACCUCUGGGGCCUUUUUUUUUUUUUUUUUUUUUUUUUUAAUAGAUUCUCUGUAUUUGUUGGUUGUAUGACCAAGGUUUUGGUGAGCUCAUUCCUCUCAGAAGUUAGUAGAUAACAUAUACAUGUGCCUGAGUGUGUCUGUUCCUCAGAGGGCUUGCCUUGGGAAAUGUCCUUUCCAGGGCCGUGAGAGGACAGGGAAUCCCAGCCGAUCUUACUUGGGGCAUGUGCUUCAGCCCUACAGGGCUGAGAUAGUUUUGGUCUCCUGUGGGACUUCAGUUAGGCCAUGUGUCUUAAUUCUCUGCCAUGUCUUUUUUUGUUUAAGAUUUUUCAUUUCUUUGAGAGGUAGAGUUACAUACAGAGGGAGGGAGAGACAGAAAGGCCUUCCAUCUACUGGUUCACUCCCCAAAUGGCCACAGUGGCUGGAUCUAGGUUGAUCUAAAGCCAGGAGCCAGGAGCUUCUUUUGGGUCUCCCAUGUCGGUGCAGGGGCCCAAGCACUUGGGUCAUCUUUGACAGUUUUCCCAGGCCAUAGCAGAGAGCUGGGUUGCAAAAGGAGCAUCCGGGUCUUUAACCAGCACCCAUAUGGGAUGCCAGUGCUGCAGGAGGAGGCUUGGCUCACUAUGCCAUGGCACUGGCCUUCUGCCUUGUCUUUAAGGUGAUGUAAUAGAAGGGACACUGGAGUAGAAAUUCCAGUCCUGGUCCCAGUUGUGGAAGUGAAACUCAAAUGUAUAUAGAGAACCACCUUUCACUGAGCACUGAGUAGUAGUAAGUGAUUUCCAAAUAUUGUGAACUCGGUUAAUCCUGUGAGGGUGUGGUUUCCAUUGUACAGAUGGGAAAACUGGAGGCACGGAAUUUGAACGUGUUUGCUGUCAGUAAUCAGUACUAUUUGUGGGAGGCUGGUGAUGCAGAGCCCUGACUGGACAAGGCUUAUGCAUAAGUCUAAUGCAGAAGACUAGCCAUGAACAAACAAAAAUACUAACCUUGCAGCAAUAAAAUCUGUUGGAAAAAUAAUCUCGAAGAAAAAAAAUACUGGAAGAAUGGGAAACAGCCUGCCAUUUUAGACGGAAUAAUUAAUGAAAGCCUUGACAAGGGCAGAUUUGGACAGAGAUCCAAGUGAAGAGAGCAAAUUUGUUGUGUGGAUGUAAGGCAGGCUUGAAGGAAGGGCCUUGGCACCAGUGAGGGGUUUGUCUUGUUCGAGCAACAUGAGGAUGGCCAGUGUCGCUGGAGCCAGGUGAGAGGGGAAAGUAGUUGAUGGGGUCAGAAGCCCCGCCCAGGCAUGGCCUUGAAUGUGGAUCACUCUAAAGGAAUUUGUGUGUUCUCAUGUCUUCUAGACACACAUGAAGUCCUUUGCUAGACAGAGAGCCCGAGGUCAUUUCCUGUUUUAAAGUCCUAUGACUCUGAAUUAGUGCUGCCAUUUCAAGCCUUUCAGAUCAGAAACGUGUUCUGGCAGUUCUGUGGAAGACCUAAUUUGCAACCCAAGACAUUCUUCAAGGGUAAAGCCGUUGGCCCUGCUGAUUCGGCUCAUUUCCUUUUCCCUACACAGUCACAGCUGCGGUGGGCAGGCACUGUGUUUGCUGAAAUGUGGCAUGUGUUUGAAGAAUGUUAAUCCCUAUAAAGAGUCAUUGUAUGUUUUCUGGCACAACCGAUAAUUUUCAUCCUGUAACACUUUUCUUUCUAAUUUGCUCAGAUACUCCUGCUCCCCUAUAAAGAGGGUGACAACUUGGGGUAGUAAUCAAGGAGUUGAUGAAUAUGUGAGUGGUGGCAACAUGCCCCUUUGUAUUAACAGAGGCAUAAUUGUAACCAAAGAAAUUUAAUUUCUUCUCUAGCACUGGUUUUUCUGUUUAAGAAUGAAGGCUAGAGAAAAAGUAAAUAUGAAAAUUACCAUGUAUCAUGAAUACAUUAAGGAUUCCAUCUGUAAUAGCUCAAGAUUGAUCUAUGACCAAAAUUAAAACCAGAUGAACAUAGCAGAAAUCUCAGUUAUUACUGUGUUUGCUUCUAAUUCUGUUUGGAAUAAGGCUUCAAAUGCUUCCCAGAAUGAUGUAAGUUAUAAAUAAAUGAAAAAGCUUUA